AUGGCCUCCAAUCCCCAAACCCUCCUCCUCAUCUUCCCCUUCCUCAUCCUAUCCUUUGUUGGGGCUUAUAACAUCACACAAAUUCUCGAGCCAUACUCUAGUUUUUCCAUCUUCAACAACUAUCUCACUCAGACCAAGCUUGCUGAUGAGAUCAACCGUCACCAAACAAUCACUGUUCUUGUUGUUGACAACUCCAAAAUGUCUGUUAUCUUCUCAUAUCUUAACGAGAUUCUUAAGCAUACCAUGGCCAUCCAUGUCAUCCUCGACUAUUAUGACAUAAAUAAACUUAGCCACAUUCUCCAUAAAAGUACCCUCCUUACCACCCUCUUCCUAACCAGCGGCAUCGCCAAUAAUAAACUAGGAAUCUUGAAUGUCACCAACAUGCCUAACGAUAUUGUAAUUUUUGGGUCAGCUACUCCAGAGGCUCCCCUUAGUUCCACCUUCAUUAAGGUGGUCAUAACAAAACCUUACAAUAUCUCAGUCCUUCAAAUGUCCAAUCUCAUCAUCCUACCUGGUAUUGAGGGUGCAAAGCAAGCUUCACCACUUGCCACACUAAAGAAGGCUCUGGCUCUAGCACCAAUGGCUAAACCAACAAACUCAACAUCACAUGCACCAACUACCAUCGAGAAGUCACCAGCCAGCACUCCCAUGGAAGCACCAAAUAUGGUUGAUAGCCCUGUGGCUGCCCCAAUGGAUGCUCCAAAGGCAGGUGCACUAGGUGCAUAUGAUGUACCAACAACCCAUUUUUCAGCAAGCCAAAACAUAGUCUGUGGAAUCCUUGGGCUUCUUGUUGGCGUUAUCCACUUGGGUGCUUUCUAA